CCAAAUUGCGAUGCUGCAGUUUCCCGCCCGGAAGGAGUAACCAAGGCGCCUGCAGACUUGCAACAUGGCGCGGUCCUGGAAUAAGGCAGCUGUUGUGCUGUGUAUGGAUGUCGGCUUUGCCAUGGGUAACUCCUUUCCUGGUGAAGAAUCCCCGUUUGAACAAGCAAAGAAGGUGAUGACCAUGUUUGUCCAACGACAGGUUUUUGCCGAGAGCAAGGAUGAGAUUGCUUUGGUCCUGUUUGGUACUGAUGACACUAAGAAUGCCCUCGCUGAUGGGGAUCAGUAUCAGAACAUCACAGUGCACAGACAUCUGAUGCUACCAGAUUUUGAUUUGCUAGAGGAUAUUGACAGCAAAAUCCAACCAGGUUCUCAGCAAGCUGACUUCCUGGAUGCACUGAUUGUGUGCAUGGAUGUGAUUCAACGUGAAACCGUAGGAAAGAGGUUUGAGAAGAGGCAUAUUGAAGUGUUCACUGACCUCAGCAGCCCAUUCAGCAAAGAUCAGCUGGAUAUUAUAAUCCAUAACUUGAAGAAGUCUGGCAUCUCUCUGCAAUUCUUUUUGCCUUUCCCAAUUGGUAAGGAAGAUGGAACUGGAGACAGAGGAGAUGGCAACUUACCCUUGUACCACCAUGGAUCCUCUUUUCCUCCAAAAGGAAUUACUGAACAGCAAAAAGAAGGUAUUCAGAUGGUGAAAAUGAUGAUGGUGUCUCUAGAAGGUGAAGAUGGGCUGGAUGAAAUUUAUUCUUUCAGUGAGAGUCUGAGACAACUGUGUGUCUUUAAGAAAAUUGAGAAGCGUUCCAUGCCCUGGCCCUGUCAACUGACCAUUGGCUCCAAUUUGUCUAUAAAGAUUGUGGCCUAUAAAUCGAUUGUACAGGAGAAAGUCAAAAAGACUUGGACAGUUGUGGAUGCAAGAACACUAAAAAAAGAAGAUAUACAAAAAGAAACAGUUUAUUGCCUGAAUGACGAUGAUGAGACUGAAGUUCCAAAAGAGGACACUCUUCAAGGGUUCCGCUAUGGAAGUGAUAUAGUUCCUUUCUCUAAAGUGGAUGAGGAACAAAUGAAAUAUAAAUCGGAGGGGAAGUGCUUCUCUGUUCUGGGAUUUUGUAGAUCUUCUCAGGUGCAGAGAAAAUUCUUCAUGGGAUACCAAGUUCUAAAGGUCUUUGCAGCAAAAGAUGAUGAGGCGGCAGCAGUUGCACUCUCAUCCCUGGUUCAUGCUCUGGAUGAAUUGGACAUGGUGGCCAUUGUUCGAUAUGCUUAUGACAGAAGAUCUAAUCCUCAGGUUGGCGUGGCUUUCCCUUAUAUCAAGGAUGCCUAUGAGUGUUUAGUGUAUGUGCAGCUGCCUUUCAUGGAAGAUUUGCGGCAAUAUAUGUUUUCAUCUUUGAAAAAUAAUAAGAAGUUCACUCCCACAGAGGCACAGUUGAAUGCCGUUGAUGCUUUGAUUGACUCCAUGAGCUUAGUAAAGAAAGAUGAAGAGGAAGGUACCAUUGAAGACUUGUUUCAGACCACCAAAAUCCCAAAUCCUGAAUUUCAGAGAUUAUUUCAGUGUCUGCUGCACAGAGCCUUACAUCCCCAGGAGCCUCUGCCCCCAAUUCAGCAGCAUAUUUUGAAUAUGCUGGAUCCUCCUGCUGAGGUGACAGCAAAAUCUCAGACUCCUCUCUCUAAAAUAAAGUCCCUUUUUCCUCUGACUGAAGCCAUCAAGAGAAAAGAUCAAGUCACUGCUCAGGACAUUUUCAAAGACAAUCACGAAGAAGGACCCACUGCUAAAAAAUGCAAGACUGAAGAAGAGGAAGCCCACUUUAGUAUCUCCAGCCUGGCUGAAGGCCGUGUCACCAGUGUUGGAAGUGUGAAUCCUGCUGAGAACUUCCGUGUUAUAGUGAGACAGAAGCAUGCCAGCUUUGAGGAAGCAAGUCACCAGCUUAUAAGUCACAUCGAACAGUUUUUGGAUACCAAUGAAACACCCUAUUUUAUGAAGAGUAUAGACUGCAUCAAAGCCUUCCGGGAAGAAGCCAUUCAGUUUUCAGAAGAGCAACACUUCAACAGUUUCCUGAAAGGCCUCCGUGAGAAAGUGGAAAUUAAGCAAUUAAAUCAUUUCUGGGAAAUUGUCAUUCAAGAUGGAAUUACUCUGAUCUCCAAAGAUGAGGCCUCUGGAAGUUCUGUCACAGCUGAGGAAGCCAAACAGUUUCUGGCCCCCAAAGAAAAACCUAAUGAAGACACAGCAGCCAUAUUUGAAGAAGGUGGUGAUGUGGACGAUUUACUGGACAUGAUGUAGGUCGUGGACCUGUGAAGAAUCUAACGUGCAUCACCGUGCUGGGAGUUCCAGCAGAACAAACUGGAGGAGGCCAGCCCAGGGGAACCAGGAGCCCUGGAGAUGGUCCCAGUGGGUUACUCAGGAGUGAUUCGGCUGAUUCUCUGUGUGAUGAUACAUACCACUCUAUUGUAAUGCAUAAUUUAGACCUCAUGCAAGUUUAUAAAAAGUCAUUGUUAUUUUCUGA